UGAGAGAAUGGCAAGAACGCUGACAGUCUUGAAGUCUCCAACACCAUCCUCCACUGCUAAGAGCAUGAUACGGCUGAUCCAGUCUCUCACGCUUGUCUCCUUCCUUGGCCCAGGGAACUCAGUUUCAGAAGCCAGCUCAACCCCACCGGUGGUGAACGGGGUCCUGCGGGAGUCUGUAACUCUCCCCUCGAAUUUUCCUGUGAAAGAGAAUAUCUCGUCCAUCACCUGGCUUCACAAGGGAAACUCUGUCAUCUUCAUAUGGCCAAAAGAAGCAAAAAUACAGGUGACUGAUCCAACACGGAAAGAUCGACUGAAUAUCAUCGAGUCCUACUCCUUGCAGCUCAACAAUCUGACAAUGGCAGACGCGGGCCAUUACCGUGCCCAGAUAACCACAUCAACCUCCUUUCUGUACACCGAUUAUAACCUGCAGAUCUUCAGACGACUGAGCAACUUACAAGUUGCCUAUCACACCAAACUGUCUGAAAAUAGUACCUGUGAGAUCCAGCUGACCUGCUCUGUGGAGAAUCCAAAUGAUAAUGUCUCGUUCAGGUGGGAGGUAGCAGGAAAUACAUUUCAUAGUGAAGCAAAUCUUUCUGUAGCCUGGAACCCCAAGAGCCUCAGUGAAGAGACCUACACUUGCAUAGCUGAGAAUCCUGUCAGCAAUUUAUCCUCCUCUGUCUCUGACAAAAGUGUCUGUAAAGGUGUUAUUAAUGGGAAAAAUGAAUACUUGGAUAUCAGAUGGAUUAUCAUUGUGGUUGUUUUGACAUGUUUCUUUCAAUUCUCUACUCAGCAAACCCAGUGUCCUGCAGAAACUGUGAGUAACUUAGAGUACGCUUCCUUCUCUUCAGGGAACACUGUGUAUGCUCGGGUCACCCAUUCAAACAGGGAAGCAGAAAUCUCAAAACCUGUGAAAAACAAUGACUCCAACACAAUUUAUUCUGAAGUUCAUCAUCCCCAAGAGAGAAAGCCCAUUUAUUCCAGGACAACUGCCCAUCACAACGUCAUGUAAGUUUCUGAAAGACUUCAAAGGAAUUUCGGAAUUACAUAUCUGCUCCUGAGCCCACGAGAAAGAACAGAGCUUGGCUUCCGACUGACCACAUAAUUUGAAUAUCUAGGAUUAUCAGACUUGAAUCUGCUUACCCAGGUCAAACACUUAAGGAAUCUCGUCAUUUCCAGAAUGUGACCCAAAUAACAUUUUCUAAUCGGCUCCAGGCCAAAAUAUACAUCAGAUAAUACGCCUGCAAAAAUUCUCAACAAGAUACUACCAAUCUGAAUUCAACAAUACAUUGAAAGGAUCAUACACCAUGAGCAAGUGGGAUUUAUCGCAGGAAUGCAAGGAUUUUCAAUAUCUGUACAUCAGUCAGUGUGAUACACUACAUCAACAAAUUGAAGGAUAAAAAUUAUAUGAUCAUCUCAAUAGAUAUAGAAUAAGCUUUUGGCAAAAUUCAAUAACCUUUUAUGAUUUUUAAAAAAACUCUUGGGGAGGGUGGUGGGAGGGGGGUUCAGUAUGGGGAACACAUGUACACCCAUGGCUGAUUCAUGUUAAUGUAUGGCAAAAACCACUACAAUAUUGUAACAUAAUUAGCCUCAAUUAAAAUAAAUAAAUUUUUAAAAAUAAAUAAAACUGAAAAAAAAAAACUCUCCAUAAAGUGGUCACAGAGGGAAACUACCCUAACAUAAUAAAGGCUAUAUAUGACAAGCCUUGGAGAAGGAAAUGGCAACCCA